AUGGAAAUUGCUCCAAGCGAUAGAAGCUCUUUCUUAGAACUACUUCACUUUAAUGAUUAUAAUAAGGAAUUAAUAUUUCCAUUUAUAAAAUAAAGAUUUUUAGAAGUGUGUACCAUAUAAAAAGGAAUAAAAUCCAGAUAUUUUGCUUUGAAAUUGUUUCACUUAGUUGUUGAGAAGAUUAAAAUUCUACAUGAAAUAAAUAUUUGCCACUGUGAUAUUAAAUUCGAUAACAUCUUAAUAAAUGGCUAAGGUAAAGAAAAUUACAAGGUUAUUAUAAUUGAUUUUGGUCAAUACUAAGAGCUAAAUAUUAAAUCUACAAUGAUUUGCGGAACUGAGUUAUAUAAUCCACCAAAAUUAAUUCAAGGUCAGAAACUAUUCGAAAACUUUGGAAAGUAAAUUGAAGAGUAUAGCCCAUAAGAGUUUGAUGUAUACUAAUUGGGAAUGCUUCUUUUUAGAAUAUUGACCUAGCUACAAAUAGGUAUAGAUCUUAAGAUAGUUGCAUAAAAUAAGAGAAGAUAAUUAUUCAAAAAAAAAAUAAUGAAGUUAUAUCAAAAAACAUACUAAACUGAAAUAAUUUUAGAUGAAGAUAUAUUCGAUUUAGUAUUUUAAAUACUGAGCCGAGAAUUCACAGAGAUAAAAUAAAUUUAAUAACAUUACAUUUAUCAAUUAUAUCUCGAGGGUAAAAUAAAGCCAGAUGAAGAUGAAGAUCUUCAAUUUGAAGAUAUGGUAAAAUACCAAGAAGAUUAAGACAGCAAUAGAAGUGAAGGUGAAUCUAUUGAAAAUAAAAUAAAUUAAGUUCAUAAAAAAUAUUGUGAUCUAAUGAGAGAAAGUGAAAACUUUGAUUCAUUUAAUGAGUGGUAAGGAGCAUUUUUUAAAUUAUAGCCACGCAAAAUUGAUAGAAAAAAGCUUUAUGGUGGUUCUCUUAUUGCUGAAAUGAGUACUUAAGAUCUUUUAAAAGUUCUACUAAGCAUUUUAGCAGAAAAUAAUAACUAAAUUUUUAGCUAAAAUAUUUUCAGAAAAGCAGAAGACAGUUUAACUUUAGAAGUAGAAUUAAAUUAUUAAACUGUAGAAAUUGAUAGAAAAUACAAUUCUGAGUAGCUUUAAGAAGAUGAAGAAGAUUUUGAUGAGCUAAUUUAAUCAUAUAUCAUUGAAAAAAUUAAAAUGUAAAUAGAAAUAGUAACUGUUAUUGAAAAGGGAAAACAAGUAAUGAGUUCACUAAUAUUCUAAAGCAGCGAUGCUGAAAAAAUGUACUAUGCUAACUUAAUCUAAGAAAUUAAGGAAAAAAUAUACAAUUUUUGA